AUGGAGGCGAAAGAAGAGUCUGAAACUGAAAGAAAAGGCAACCCAACGCCAGAACUAACAACUUACGGCGGUUUAAAAUUAGGAUGGAUUCAGGGCGUGCUGAUACCUUGUCUCCUUAACAUCUGGGGCGUGAUGCUAUUCCUGCGCAUUUCGUGGAUCGUGGCGCAGGCGGGUGUGGCGUUGACCAUUCUCAUCGUGCUGCUGUCGGCUCUCGUGUGCGUUCUCACCACGCUCUCGCUCAGCGCCAUCUGUACUAACGGACAGGUGCAAGGAGGUGGGGUUUACUACCUUGUAUCAAGAUCUCUGGGUGCAGAAUUUGGCGCAUCUGUGGGUAUAAUCUUUGCAUUUGCAAAUGCGGUUGCUGCCAGUAUGAACACUAUCGGCUUCUGCGAGUCCCUCAAUGAAUUGCUUAAGUCCCACGGCCUUAAAAUUAUUGAUAACGAUGUCAACGAUAUAAGGAUAGUGGGUACAAUUGCACUUCUAGUGAUGUGCUUGAUCUGCGCGGUUGGUAUGGACUGGGAAACUAAAACCCAGAAUUUUCUAAUAACGGUCAUUGUUGUGGCUAUCGCUGCGUAUGUGAUGGGCGCAUUUAUCGGGCCCACAAGCGCUACGCAGCAGGCGCAAGGCUUCGUCGGCAUUAAUUUGGAGACGGCUGCGACCAACAUUUGGCCUGACUUUCGCAACAGCGACGGAGUUAACCACAACUUCUUCACCGUGUUUGCCAUGUUUUUCCCCGCGGUUACAGGCGUGCAGGCCGGCGCUAAUAUCUGCGGCGAUUUAAAGGACCCCGCUACAGCUAUACCAAAGGGCACAUUCCUGGCGCUGUCGAUAUCUUUCGCGAGCUACCUGGCGAUGUCGGUGCUGUGCGGAACGGGGGCGCUGCGCGACGCCAGCGGAAAUCUACAGGACCUGGUCAACAACACCCUGGACGCCUGCAAACCUAAUUGCUUGUAUGGACUACACAAUAAUUAUUCGAUAAUGCAACUGAUGUCACUGUCGACAUCGUUGAUUUACGGCGGAUGUUGGGCGGCGACGCUGUCAACGGCGCUGACUAACCUGUUGUCGGUGCCGCGGCUAAUUCAGGCGCUCGGCGUGGACCGCAUCUACCCCGGACUCAUCUUCUUCUCCAAGCCCUACGGCAAGCACGGCGAGCCUUACCGUGGUUAUGUUCUCACAUUCAUUGUCUCUCUUUUAUUCCUUCUUAUUGCCAAUCUGAACACGAUAGCACCUUUGAUAACGAACUUUUACCUCGCGUCGUACGCUUUGAUAAAUUUCUGCACAUUCCAUGCCGCCUUCAUCAAGCCCAUCAGUUGGAGACCUUCGUUCAAGUACUACAACACGUGGCUGUCGUUCGUUGGUUUCGUGCUCUGCAUCGCCAUCAUGGUCGUGGUUAGCUGGGUGACGGCGCUGGCUACGCUAUUCUUAUUCAUAGCGCUCUACCUGCUUGUGCUCUACAGGAACCCUGAUGGCGUGGACUGGGGCAGUAGCACAGAAGCACACCGCUACAUGGAACUUGUGUGGGCGCUGGUACAGGCGAGCCGCCCGACGCACUCAACGCAAUCUGCGCAGUCGACGCAGGCUGCGCACUCUGCCCGCUCAUACCGCCCGCAACUGUUGCUGCUGGCGGGACGGCCGCCAGCUCGCGCGCAGCUGCUGCAACUCGCGCACCUCAUCACUAAAGUCGGCUCUUUUGUAGUCGUCGCUGAUAUUACUGAGUCACCUCUAUCAUACACGGAGAAAACAAGUCGCAAACAGAUCGGCGAGUCGUGGCUGCGUUCUCGUAAAAUCCGUGGCUUCUAUACGUUGCUGGACGGGUUUUCCUUCGAGAGCGGUGUUCGCGCGUUGAUCCAGGCCGCGGGUCUCGGCAAGCUGGCCCCUAACAUCAUGCUCAUUGGCUACAAGAGUAAUUGGAUGAAGGAUAACCCUGAUAGUCUGAGAAGCUACGUCAGAGUUAUACAGCUGGCAUUCGAGCACCAUCUCGCAGUGGCAGUAUACAGAGUGUCGAGCGCGGCGCUGCGCCGGCGAGCCAACAAGCUGGUGCUGCGAGCUCGCGAGGCCGCCGCCAGCCCGCUCGCCCGCCCACAAGCUGAUAUUAUGAAUGCUGACUCUAAUUUGGAUAUAUCGAAUACUGAUGAAGAAAAAGACGAUAAGUCGCAAGUGACCAACUAUACGUCCGAGGAUGUGACAAAGUCACUUAUACUGAAAGCCUCCAGCGUAUCUGAGACACAAUUGAGAUCUCCAUCUGCUGAUAUCUCCAUUAACACGUAUAACUUCGAACAAACUCUACUGUCUGACAAUGAAAAUGACAGCUUGGACGCUUGGUGGUUGUACGAUGACGGCGGACUGAACAUUUUGCUGCCGUACAUUAUCGCCCGCCACAAGACAAAGAUACCGCUCAGAAUAUUCGCCUUGGCUAAGGCUGGGCUGCAUAUAAUAGAGGCCGAGAACCGUAUGAGAGAUCUUUUGAAUAAGUUCAGGAUCGACUACUCCUCGUUGACGAUGGUACAAGGAAUUAGCGAAAACCCAACGCAGGCCAGCAUCGACUUCUUCAAUAGUCUUGUUCAGCCGAUGACGAGAAAUGAAAGUAAUGAAUGUUUUAUCACGGAAUCAGAACUGGACUCCCAUAUAGCAAAGACAUACAGACAACUGCGACUACGCGAAUUACUUCUGGAAAAUUCCAUCGACGCUUCGUUCGUUGUUAUCACCUUGCCUAUGCCCAGAAAGGGUGCGGUGUCAGCCGCACUAUACAUGGCGUGGCUGGAGGUGCUGAGUCGGGAUUUACCGCCUGUGCUGUUCGUGCGAGGAAAUGAUUCCUCAGUGCUAAGUGCAUGA